CUGCAGGGCACUGUGGGGGAAAGUAUUUAUUAUCAUUGUGAGGAGUGCCUGCAGUCUAUGGUGCAUCUCUCCAGGGCAUUGCUGUUACCUUCUCCCAGCAGGCUCACAGGCUCCCAUAGGGAAGCUCAAGAGCACAGAAGAGGCUCUGCUAGAGAACCAAGAGGGAAGGAACCCCCAAAAGUGCAGCCCCCCCUUCCCUGGGGCAGAUGUGACUCUGAGAUGGCUCUACAUGGUCAUUGUAGUGGGUGGCUUUGGUCUCCACCUGGGAGGAUGAGCUCAGUGACACAAAUCCUGCAGGGUCUGGGGCAGCAGGGCAGGAAAGGAAGGGGAGUCUGGAGGAAAAAUUCAUACGGAGAGUUUGGUACCAAACGGGACGCGCAGCUGAACGAGCGGAGGAGCCAGCUCGAGAGCCAGCAGAGGUUUGAGGUGGUUCGAUCCCACACCAUUGCAACCCGAAGGCUGGAAAAAAGUAAGGGACCUGAAGACUUAUCAACAACAAGUAAAGCCACCGAGGAGCUCAGUGCUUCCCAUCACCCUGGAUAUGGCAGCAGGGACGAGCCCAGGUACCAGAAUUUCCUGGCAGAGAGCUGCCUGCAGGAAGACACUGCCUAUGUGGAGCCCAUGGCUCUGGAUCACUACUACAACUGCAGCAGGCUCUUCAAUCCCCCCCGUGUGAGGGCUCCAGGCAAGCAAGAGAAAGAUGAGGAUUCCUAUUCCUAUGAAAAUGUCACCAUUGGAGUGUCUCAGGGCUGUGAUCCAGAUGAUGCUGUGGACUAUGAGAACAGCAUGGCAAUACUCACAUGGAAGCUCCAGCAAGGGCAAGCCCCAGUGACAGAAAGCCUGGAUGAAGAGCCAGACUACAUCAACACAGCUCCUGGGUCAAGGCCUGCCCUGCUGCCAGAGCCAAGUAUUCUGCGUAAAGUCUGAAGAAAUCUUUUGCUGAGCUGUAAGAGCACACCCAGCGAGGAAGCACACAGGGCAAGGGGAGGUUUCCAUCCCUCAGUGAGAUCUCCUCUCCACACUGUGCCUGCAGUGACACACGAGGGGUGUCACUGAAAGAAGAACUGCUCUGCUUGAAGCCCCACAGAAGUCCAGCUGCAAACCAGCAAUGGAGGAAGCAUUCUGCCCCAGUGACCACAGGCAAACCCCAGGCUCCUCAUCCCCAUCUCAUUUCCCUGUGUCCACUCAAAGAUGGGCAGUCUGGGCAAUGUUUUCUCCUGGCAGGCAUGAAAUGAAUCCUUAACUUGCUGAGCAGCAAUGCAGCCAGCUACUUAAUUUGUCAGGGUGACUCAUGCACAGUGUAUUAAGCCAGAGGGAUUAUGUUCUGAUUUAGUUCCUGUGCUCUCCUACAGAAGCAGUUUCCUGUGUGAGAGGAACUGGAGAGGCAGAGGUGGUGUUUGUAACAGCAGUGGCUGUCUGGAGCUGAAUGAGAUUCCAACCUGUUCACAAAAGCUAAAGAGGAUUAAAUGCCUGCUUAUCCAUGGGCAUGUAAUUCACAGUGUUGGUCUGUGGCAGUUUUCCUCAUGUUUCAGUAUCUGUUUUAAAAUGGUACAAAGAACCAGCAGCAACUGUGAGAGUCAGAUCCACCAGCCCCAGAAACUGCACCAGUCCUUCAAUGUGGCUGUUGGAACAUCAUCCCACAAACAGAACCCCUGUCUCCUGAGCCCUGAUGUACAGAUCUGGAAUACUUAUUUAUUAAAACUGAAAAGCUUCCAAAGAAAAUGUGUUUUGCUAUGGUUUGCAAUGAUAGAUGUUCGUAUGAUAAGGAAAUGGGAGGACAGGAGGUGACAUGGAGUGAUGUGCAGGAUCUUAUGGGGAGAAAAUGCAUUAAAAGCCUUCUUCCUCAAAAUCAGAUCAGAAAACUGUUUCAGGAAAGGGCACAGCCCACACUCAGGGUGAGUGAGCAGAGAAGGGGAGUUGGGGGUUAGAGAGCUGUGCCGUGGGAGAAGGGAUGUCAGGUGCUUCCUGCUGCGGAUGACUGGGCUCCAGUUUUAGCAGAACCAAGAGAGAGCACAGGUGCCACUGUUGGUGUGGCUGAACCGGUGGCUGGGCUGGAGCUUGGCUCAGGAGAAG